CACCAAACCGAGCCCAGCACUUACUCGCUGCAGUAGCAGGCACAGAACUCUCCUAAAGGCAGAGAGAGAGCCGAAUACUCUCCCUUCCAGCACAGACACCAACAGGAAAAGCGCGGGAAGUUGGCAGCUGCUGUAGGUGUGAGGGCGGUGGAGAGAGACCGCACAAGUAAGUAGAGACUCAAUCCUAUAUUAUAUAAGUGCCAGCACCGAGAGAUGGCGCAGUUGCGAGGAGCCGCUAUGUGCGCAACGUUGCUGCUGGUCGCUCACCUGCUCGGGGAGAUGAGUGCCCAAAGAAGCCCGGGAGCCGCCGGGGAGUAUGGAGUAAAGCUGUGCGGCAGGGAGUUUAUCCGAGCUGUGAUUUUCACUUGCGGCGGAUCCAGAUGGAAGAGACUGUCGGUGGCGAAGGAGGAGAGCGGAGAGAGGAGGCGGGACGUUCCAACGCACUGGGGCAGGGGAGCAGACACCAUGCAGGACUCACUAAAUGAAGAAAUGAAUCAAUUAAAGUUACUGCCAUUGUCAGGAUCUCGCGUGGAACAGCUUCAGAAUGCUGACUUCCCCUUGAAGGAUUCUUUGAACGCAUAUGAUGACUACCAAGAUUAUUUACCCAUGACUGAUGACUUUAGUAAUUAUGUUAGACAAGUGGAAGAAGCUACUCGAAAAGCUCAAGGUGCAUCAGAAAUCCAGGCUCGCUCAGAGUCAGACGGAUACCCUUGGAUCAAAGUCCCUAGACGAAGGAGGGAAAUGAAUAUUGGCGUGGCAGGCAUAUGCUGUAAAUGGGGCUGCACCAAAGCAGAAAUCAGCACCUUAUGCUAAGGUGAAAAGCAGAAUAAUAUUUAUGCACUUCUGUAUCUUGUCUACAGUGUUCACAGACUCCAUGCCAUUAAUAUGGAUUAUCCAAAUUAGUAUUUUACAUAGAGUGAUGAAACAAAACACUGGGUUGGUCUUGUAUUUUUAUGAAGUCAUCACAGAGCUUAGUUGUUAAUAUUUAGUUUUCAUUGUCAAUAAAAGUAUUUCUUGAUGCUCUAA